AUUAGUUGGAGCAACUGGCUGGGGUUCCUGUAAUAAGCUUGAUCAUUAGCGUCACGAAGAUCAAUACAGACGUCAUGAAACGUGAUGACGCGGCACGUCGUAGUGACGCGACCUCCUCUCGUCACAACAACUAAGUUUAACAUUUUCAAGUUCAACAUUUGCAGUAGAUUUUUAGAUGAGGAAACAAACAACGAGUCUUUUCAUGUGAUACUGUUUUUAGGUAAACAAUCCAAAGACAUACAGUUUAAUCGAUCGAUGUAAAUAAAUAGAUCUUCACUGCAGGGCAUAAUACAACAUUUGAAAAAACACAUCGUUUUUUUUCUUGUACUAGUAAAAAUUAAUGCUUUGCUUUUAAAAAAAAAAAUAAUUCCAAGUUGCAUUAAAUUAUUUUAUUUUAAAAUAAUCAGUUUAUUAAAUAUUCAACAGAAUAUACUUAGUAUAACGCCCAACUCGUACGUAUUGAAUAAAUGGUCAGUAGUUGCUUUCAAUUUGUUAUAUUUUAUUUUACUUUUUUUUAGAUUUCAGUGAGUGAUGAGACGAACAGGUAAAAUUAAUAAAUUAGCAUUUCGCUAAGAAAUAUAAAUUUAUAAAAAAAAUGUGUUUGUAAAAUUCUUUUAAAAUAACUGUUACCAAAAAAAAAAGAAAAUUAAAUUAAAAUCAUGUAUUAGUAAUUUCUUAACAUGGCUUCCGUAAGUUGACUCAUUACAAUUUCCCGUGAAAUUUUUGUAUUCAGCUGAAAGAAACCUUAGCCUAAAUGUUUUUCCCUUUUAUAAAACUUUAUAGCAUAUAUACAUAUAUAUCGUUAUUUAUAUUUAACUAUAUAUAAAUAGUUAUGCAUAUAGUUAUAUUUAUUAAUUUAGAAAUUUCUUUCCAAUGGAAUCCAUGUAAUUUUAAUUUAAAUUAUCUGCGUCAUUUAUUUUUUUUAAAUUGUGUGUGAAAUAGAUAGUGGAACAAGACAUGUUUAGGCUUGAGAAAAAAAUGCCGCUAUAUAAUAAUAUCUUGUUGCACUAUUCAUUAACUCUACACUGCUUGAACGCAAUCUUUCGUUUAGCCAUUAUACUGUGAAGGCUUUGAAGUAGAAAAAAAACUGGAGCGAAAAGAGAAAAAAAAGAUAACUGAUUCUAUGAAAGUCAUUGCCUAUGUGCCAUGAAUUAGUUUUGAUUCAAUAGCUGAUCGAUUCAAUUACUUAGAAAAUAAAUUACAUUUAAAAGUCAAAGUGCUUUUUUCCCCCACAAAACUUGUUUGAGCAGUUGUAAUGUAAGUAGAUCGAUGGUUAUUUAAUCAAUAGCAGUAGAUCGAUAAUGAUUUGCCAUUGACAUUUCAUUCAGUCAGAUAUGAUCCUCUGCUGCUAUUGAACAGCCGUCCUGGAAAGCGGGAGACGUGGGUGACACGUCUGAACACGUCAAUACAGCCGAUUGGCAAGGCCAAUGGUUGGGUAGGGGCCCUGAGGGGGGGGGGGGUGCCGUAGACGUCAUACAUAUGUUGCCUUCCAGGUAGUCAUGAUAUUUAGAAGAGCACAAGGUAGUUAAAUUUAAAACAAAAUAUAACAUUUUAACUCACUUCAAGUCGCUUCACAAAAAAGGCAAGGCCAAUGGUUGGGUAGGGGCCCUGGGGGGGGGGGGGGGUGCCGUAGACGUCAUACAUAUGUUGCCUUCCAGGUAGUCAUGAUAUUUAGAAGAGCACAAGGUAGUUAAAUUUAAAACAAAAUAUCACAUUUUAACUCACUUCAAGUCGCUUCACAAAAAUGCAUUGUAGCACACUAAUAUAUUUCUUAUUUGUGUGUUUAACGUUCCCAAUUAUUUCGGGAGAUAGUUCGAGGAGAUUUUCCAUACCAUUAAUAUCUACGGCCCUUCCAAGAAGUUUGAUCAUUUAAGCACUCAUCCGUAGGUUUGUCAUUGAUUCACUUUCUGAGAGGACUUGAGUUACUGCAUUCAGUUAGCGUCGGCAUUCAUUCAAUGAAUAAAUGUGGCUUGGCCGGUGGCUUUUUUAAAGGUGGAUUUUAGGCCAUGUCCCAGAUCAUUUUUUAAAAAUUUUUUUGGUCGUAAUUUUUAAAUAGAUAUAUAUGCACUUCAAUUGGACUACCUCAUCAGGUGUGGUAACAUUUCAAAUUGUUCUUGUUAUGGUUUUUUCCGUGUGUUAUUUUAUUUAGAUCAGCUGAUUAUAAAAUAGUAUAUGACAGUAAAAAUAAUACUGUUCACCUCAUGUAAAGCAUGAACAAUUGUAAGCCUUUUAUAGCCAGGUAGCACUGUUGGGGUGAUAGCAAUCCACGACAAUGCCUCGGGAAAAUGUGCCCGAUUCGAAAGCUCAUACAAUUGAUGAUUUUAUUGAGACAGGCAAAUCCAAGGUAAGCUUUACAUUAAUGUGUGUUUUCUUUCUUACAUUCUGUAAGCUAAGAUAAAUGUCCUUAAAGGUAUAUCUGCUUUUUUGCGUAGUACGACUUGACAGAUUUUUGUGUGUGUUACUUCUCACGUUUGAAAUGAAACACAUCCGUAUAGAAUAAGUGAAUCUCAAAAGCCGUGCCUCUCAAACCUGUAACAUAAAUCAAUCAUACAUGCGUGUACAGGGUUGGCUGGGAGACUUUCAAAAACGAAUACAUGUUUUAAUAUUUUUUGGUUCUUGCUUGGAACAUGCUGUUAGGUAUCCGACAAAGCCAGCUACAUAUGCUACGUUUGUCUCAAAGGUAUUCCAAGCACCGGAUUCUUGCAGAGGCGUAGCGAGGGUGUUUGGCACCCGGGGACAAGAUUCGCGCCCGGGGACAAGAUCUAUUUUAAAGCUUCCCCUUUUCUUUUUUUCAACUCUCAAACCCAUUAUUGUUUACCAAUAAUUUAGUAUCAAAUCACAUUUUGGCGCCCCUAACUAGCUUGCGCCCGGGCAAUCUGUCCCCCUGCCUCCCCUCGCUACGCCUCUGGAUUCUUGCAUGGUGUUCAUUGAAAUGUUUGCAAAUUUAAAGAUAAUGGAAAUCUGAGAGUUGAAUGGAAUAUGAAGCAAACGUUUGUUUCUCUUCUCCAACCACCCCCACCCACUCAAAAAACAAACCAAAAAACAGAAUAAAAGAUUGAUCGCUGACAUCAUUUGUUGACUUGGUCAGCUUGACCUGCGAGUUGCGCUCUGGUGAGAGACACCCUGUCGACCAGAUUGUGUCGUUGAUCAACCCAAAAAAACCGAAUCCUGGAUAGUGUUACCUCGUCACUGUACUGACGUAAUGACACCGACCAAUUGGUUCAUGGUCAUCUCAGACGGUGGAGUUUACGCGCACCGUAGACAGAGAAAACCUCAAAGUCGGUGGGUCUUUAGUUUCAUCCCAGCCAGAGCCCAGUCAAGCAAAACCAUCACCAGCACCCCGUCGGAUGGGAUGCGUUAACCUCGGAUGGCAACUCAUCUAAGAGAAGUGAACUCUGAAUUCAGAACCUGAAGAUGGAGCACUAUAGUCCGAACGUUCGAACAAUGAAACAUUCUGACAACUCCUGCGACGAGAAAAUGGCGAGAAUAAACAGCAUAGCGCUGCCUGGCCGGGCGUCGUCUGAUAAGCUAGACUUUGGAUGUAACCUGGGUAGGCAUGUUUUUUUUUAAUGCGUCAGAACUGGAUCUCCAGUAAAACUAAAGUGAUAGAGAUGUGUAGUGGUUUCUGAGAUGAGAGUGACCCUUGAUUGAUUGGAAAGUUUGGAUUAGGAGUAAACAUAAAAUGGUCAUUGAAAUAACAGGGUAGAGACUUUAAUGAGGCUAAAUUAAAUGAAAUAGGUGAAAUUAAGUAUGGGACAGCCUGAAACAAUAGGACGCAAAAAAACAAAAAACAAAAAAACAAAGGAAAAAAAAAAACAAGAACUGGGAAAGAAAUUUACAUUCAGCGAACAGACAACAUUAAAAACACUUAGCUGUAAUUUAGUAUCCUAGAGGACAGCAAAGAGGAAUGUGACAGAACAUAAAUAGGUAAGAGGACAGCAAGGGGAACGUGGCAGAACAUAAAUAGGUAAGAGGACAGCAAGGGGAAUGUGACAGAACAUAAGUAAGUGAGAGAUGACAUACAGGCGGAAAAAAUACAGAAAUGAAGAAAAGAAAGUCCACUGCGAUUGGUCGUCACGAGAACAGGACGUAGAAAAAAUGACUAAGAACAUGACGUCCAAGCCAUGUGUCGUCAACGUUAACGAUUUUCAAAUUAUUAUUUGAUCAAACAAUAAUUAUUUCUCACAUGAAAAGCUAUCAUAUCUGUGUGUGUGUGUUACAGCAAUGCUCUUUACGUGAACACUUGAAAUUAUAUAUAUGUUGUUUUUUUCGCCCAAUCCUAUUUUUUUCUUUUUUUAGGUAGGAUAUAUAUAUAUGUAUUAUGUAGUUUUAAUGAAAGCUUAUUUAAAUGUUUUGUUGUUAUAAUGAUGAAAGUAUGUGCCGAAACGUUUCCUUGUGUAGAAUAUAUAUAUAUUGUAACAUUGACACAAAUUGUUCGUGUCUAAUGAAUCUAUAUAUGCCCAGCCCUUUUUAUGUCUACUUGCUCUUUCUUCUUGUUUGCGUAGACACCCCGCACAGAUCCUUUAACCAAUGACAACUUUAAGGGCAGACUCGCUACGACAACAAAGAUCUAUACGAACAAUUUUGAUCGAACUCUUGUCCCAGUGGUAAGGUCGUCUUUGAAUUCUUGGUUUUCGAAUUAUUUUUCAUAUUUUUAGUUCUGCGCGUGAGUUGUCACAACUACAUAUUUUAUUUUGGGACGGGUCAGAAACUUUUUUAAAUAAUCUUUAAAAAACGAAAAGAAUAAUUGAAAUAAAUAGAAAUACAAUUAAAUCAACACACAUAAAAUAGCAAAAACUUAACAAUAGCCUUUAUUUAAGGAUUCGCUUACAACAGACGUUCGAGGAGAGCUUAUUCCCAAAGUUGUCUUCUUAGAACAAGAGGCUGUACAUGGAGCGCCACUUUGUCAUAGUGCGUCACUUUGUCAUGGUCCGCAACUUGGUCGUUUGCCACAUUGAUCAUGGUCCUCCACUUUGUCAGGUGCUAAGAAAAAAACAAAUUUUAUUUCCAUCAGCAGACUCCACAUAAGGAUGAUGAUGAGAGAUUUCGGGGAGUAAAAACACAGUACAAAAGAGCAAUGAAUGAUCAGCCUCAUAAGAUAGGCCAUUCACAGGAGAAAACAAAGUCAGUAACCAUCACUACUAAAUCUAAGGUAACCAUUCACCUCAUUGUUUUAUAAAUGCACCUAAGCAAACUAAUACAAAUAAAUCGUUAAAAUAUUUUCAACAACUAAAUAUAUAGCAAAGAAAAAGGAGAAAGUAAUUUUACCGUCAACUAAACUUGAUUCUUAAAAUUUAUACAGCUCAUUCUUCGGCUGAUUGGAGCGGAGGAUGCAAACUUUAGUGAGAAAAUUCAAGAGCUGCUGAAAUUUGUUGAACAUUAUGGUGAGUUGAUCAACACGGAAAUGACGUCAUUUCUGUGUUGAAAUUUGUUUCAGUAAUAGUGGCACUUCUGUUUUUAUGAUCAAUUUGCUGUUUAAUAAAUGUAUUCCUCUCUAACAUAUUUUUAAUUCGCUUUAAGUCUUCCACGCACGUUUUUACAUUUAUAGUUAUCCAAUGUGUCAAUGAUUAUUUUUAUUUUUUGAUAACCAGAAAUAUCUAUAAGCAAUUUACAUCGGUUUACCAAGUUUUAAUAAUGUGUAUUUCUGAAGCUUUUGCCAAAAAAACCACAAACAAUCCUAAAAUAGAUAAAAAAAUACUUAAAUAUUAGAAUCUUUUUGGCAGGCUGUUUGGCAAUGGUCGUUGUACGAUUACAUAAUAAUAAUUCAUGCGAAAUCCAAAAAUUCUUGUGCCGUGAGUGAAAUAAAACAUUAUCAUUGACUUUUCUGUUCAACGCUCCCAUUCGUGAAUAGGUUUAGACAAGUCACAGAUUGGACUCCUUAAAGGGACCUUAUCUUGGCGGUAGUGAAGCCUCAAAAUGAAGUUAUUAUUGAGGUGCUCAAAAGGACCAUCAAUUAUGAGACGGGAGAGAAGGUUAAUUAGGAAGCUCCCGUUGUCAAGAUGGGAGGGUGUCAAUAAUAUAAAAGAGAGUGAAAUUAUAUAAAGCGUGGAGUAAUGUAAUCGGUUAUUAAGUUAUAUCGAUAUCUCCAUACUGCACUGGCCUAUCCAAACGUUGUUAAAGAUGAGAAUACAUAGAAAGAAUCGAAGCAGAGCCGUCCUUUGAAACCAUGCAAACUCAUUAGUCUCAAGGGUAUCGCCGACAUUUAGGAGGGCCGUGGUGCAAAGUUGUGAUCAAGGAAACGAUUCAUUGACUAACUUUGUAUGCAGGGGGUACAAAAACGAACACUGGCAGGAAUUCUGCUCUACUGGCCCAGCAUAUUAGCAGGUGGUCUGUUACUCUGGCCCGGCAUAUUGGCAAGGGGUCUACUAAACUGGCGCGGAAUAUAAUAAUAAUAAUAAUAAUAAUAAGAGGUCUUAUAUAGCACGGUACCCCAGCCUAGGGCUGAGCUCACCAUGCUGUACAUAAAAAUUGUAUCAAAAGAGACAUAAUCAUGACAUUAAAAUAAAAUACAUUUAUGAAAUAAAGAACAGCAAUGUAUAUUCACCAACCCCACCACAUCAGGGUAGUAUUAUUUAAAAAGAUAUGUUUUUAGUGCAGUUUUGAAGGCCUGUGUGUUUGGUAUAUUGCGGAUGUGUAGUGGCAAAGAAUUCCAUUGUUUGGGGGCGCAGAAAGAGAAAGAUCGUUCACCAUAUGUUUUAGUGCGUGUCUCGGGAACGGACAGAAUACGCGUGUCUGCAGAGGAGCGAAGCUGUCGGAGGGGUGAAUAGACAGAAAGAAGUUCGGUUAGAUAUGAAGGGCAGGAAUCCAAGAAAAAUUUGUGACAGAGAACAGACAACUUGUAGUCAAUGCGUGCCUGUAUAGGUAGGUUCUGUGGUCGACGGGCCGGCAUAUUGGCGCGGGGGCUGCACAACGUGCGCGGCAUAUUGGCAAGGGGUUUGCUAAACUAGCACGGAAUCUUUGAACCGAGGAGGACCAGCCGAUGAGAGUGAGUGAGAAGAAAAGAGAUAGUGCGAAGAAAUCAAAGUAGGUUGGCAAAGAGACCAAAACGAACGAACUUUCUACCCGACCCUGUUUUCGGGUUUACCAAUCUGUAAGACGAGGAAUUUCAUUAUUUCUAUUUUCUUCCAACUGCAGGUUUCUGGAUGAUAAUAGCACGUCGAAAUGUGAACACUGAUAAUGAAAUAGUUAAAACAAGUUCAGACAGUACAAUCAUAAAAGAACAACACCGGCAACGGAAUAAUCUUACGGAAAAUAGCAAAUCCACUCAGCCUGUUCAAAAUGGUAAAACCAAUAAGCAGUCUGAUGCCACGGUUGAUGGUUUCCAUCAGUGUUUCCAUCAGAACGUCGGUAACGUCUUGUCACUAAACACAAGUGCUCUCACAUCAGCUGCCACAGAGGCUAUUCAGGUAACCUUCCAAAACUUAAGUGCCGUAAAUGCCAUAAGUGUGCGUAAAUAAGGUUAUGUUCUUAUCGUUUGAUGAAUGCAAUUGAUGGAUAAUUUGGUCAAGCAAUGGCUACUUUCAAGAAAAUACUCGUGUGAAAAAGAACGCUAGAGAGAAAUAAAAUUACACAUUUGUUUUUUUUUUCUUUUUUAAUCUUUUUUUUAUCGUUAUUAUUAUUAUUAUUAUUUUAUUUUUUUUUUGCUUAUAAUUUUUUAAGUUAACUUUGGGAUUAGUCUAUUUCUUUUUACGUAAGUUUUAUUUUUUUAAGCAAAACGAAUUUCAAAUGCUUUAAAUGAAUAUAUAUAUAUUUGUAUGUAUAUUGAUAUUUAAUUAGUUUGAGCUCAUUCGUGGGUUUCAGUUGAAAGAAAACUACUCUGAAAUUCGUCGACUUCUCUUACAUCCACUCCAUUAUGAAAUUAUAGUCAAGCACGAGGAAGGUAAAGCUAUACGCCAUGUUUACUGUAUUGAAAUAUUUUAUAAUUAAACGACAAAAUUGAAAAAUGUUAGAUAAGACUUCAAAUGUGCUAAUUUGUUUUUCAAUUUUUAAUUUAGAGACAAAAAUUUAAAGUUCAAACAAAAUAUUUUUACAUGUUAGCAACAUGUUAAUGCUCUUGCACUUAUAAAUAUUGUAGCAAAUUCUAUUUAGAAGCAAAAUAAAACUCAACUUAAAUGCCUUUAAGAUGACAUUCUAGAGUGUGCUGUACUGGUGUCUGGUGGUGUUGAAUCUUUGGAAAUCAUAAAAAAGUUCUUAAGACAGAAAAUACCCAUAAUUUGUGUAAAGGUAGGCCUAUGUUUGUAUCGAAAUCUAAAACAGUCUAAUACAUUUUAACACUAAAGUUGGUUUCCAACCAGAAUGUCCACAACCGUUGCGCACACAUAUGUUUAGUUUUACUUUAAAUCAAACAUCUUUCAUAAUUUGUGUUUAUUAUGUGCUAAAACCGGUGAUUGUUUCCGCUGCAAUAGGGAUCUGGUGGAGUCGCAGAUUAUUUCUUUGAUCUAUCAAAGAAAAAGAAAAGGUAUGUUCGAAAAUUAUGUAUUUGAUGUUUAGAGGCAAAUAUUUCAAAGAAAUAGCAAUUAUAUGAGAAAAGCUUCAAAGUGAUAAGAUAUUUGUGUGUGUGUGUAUAUAUAUAUAUAUAUAUAUAUAUAUAUAUAUAUAUGUGUGUGUGUGUGUGUGUGUGUGUGUGUGUGUGUAAAUAAAACGCAGUUAACUUAUCUAAAUCAAAUGUGUGUAAAAAACACUAUAGAGAGUGUUACGAUAAAUAAAUAUACAAAUAUAUGUUUUUUUUAUGUCUAAUAUAUGUGUGUGUGUGUAUAUAUAUAUAUAUAUAUAUAUAUAUAUAUAUAUGUGUGUGUGUGUGUGUGUGUGUGUGUGUGUGUGUAAAUAAAACGCAGUUAACUGAUCUAAAUCAAAUUUGUGUAAAAACCACUUUAAAGAGUGUUACGAUUAAUAACCAUACUAAUACAUGUUGGUUUUAUGCCUUUCUUGAAAUGUUUAGCAAUGGAAAACUUCCACUAGAGUGUGCUGAGAUUUACAAGGCGUACCCAGACCUUUUGUUUUACCUUGACCUCAAAGGCGGAGAUUAUUUGAAUAAGUUGUCUAAAGUCAUCCUAAAAUCUCUAAAUGGUCAGUACUGGAGAAGAAAGAAAAAAAAGUAACAUAAUGUAGGAUUCAGACCUAUUUCUUAACGUUUUAUGUUUUGCUUUUCGUUCAAAAUUAAAUCUUUCAUUUUUUUUUUAAAAUGAAAAGAAGAAACAUUCUUAUCAUGGCUCGCAAUGUAAACCAUUGGUUUAGGUGUGACCCAGGAAAAUGACAAGAAAGCCUUGGCUUACGGCUCCCUUUCCAUUACAUUGAACCAGCUGGAAGAGUUAAUGCAUCAUGAAAGAUUAAACGGUAUAUUUAAAACCAAGGUAUAGAUAUAUUUUUAUUUUAAAGAACAUUUGUAUUUCUGCUUUUUGUGUUCUUUUCUUUGCCAUCCCUCAUCACAGUGUGCCGAUGUUUCAGACUUUAAAGGAUGAAAUGACUAGGUCUGCGGUUAUGCUUAGGAUGUUGGGCUGGUUUAUUCUGGAAUACUUUUUUCUUUCUUUAUGUCUUUGUCUCUGUCUCUCUCUCUCUCUCUCUGACUCUCUUUCUCUCUAAGAAUCUCUUUCUCGCUCUGACUCUCUUUCUCUCUCUGACUCUCUUUCUUACUCUCUCUCUCUCUCUCUUUCUCUGACUCUCUUUCUCUCUCUCACUCUCUUUCUUAACCUCUCUCUCUCUUUCUCUGACUCUCUUUCUUUCUCUCUCUCACUCUCUUUCUUACUCUCUCUCUCUCUUUCUCUGAAUGUCUUUUUCUCUCUUUUUUUUCUCUCUAUCUAUCUAUCUCUUUCUCUCUCACUCUGUGUCUCUCUCUGUGUCUCUUUUUUCUAUUAAUCGUUCUCUAAAUCUUUAUCUCUCCCUCUCUGUCUCUAUGUCUCUCUUUCUCUCAAUCUCUCUCAGUCUCCCUCUCUCGGCCUCUUUCUCUGUCUCUUUCUCUCUCUCUCUCUCCUUCUUUCUCAAUCUAUCUCUCUCUGUCUCUCUCUGUAUCUAUCUUUCUUUCUCACUCUUUCUCCCUCUCUCUCUGUCUUUCUCUCGGUGACUCUCUUUCUUUACCUCUCCUUCUCUCUUUUUCUCUCUCUUUCUGUCUUUCUCUCGGUGACUCUCUUUCUCUCACCCUCUUACUCUCUCUUUGUCUCCUUCUCUCUCUCUUUCUCUGAAGCUGUAUGUCUCCUUCUCGUUCUCUCUCAGUCUCUUUUCUCUCUCUCUCUCUCUCAUUCUCUCUCUCAUUUCUCUCUCUCUUUCUCUCUCUAUCUCUCUUUCUCAAUCUUUCUCUUUCAUUUUCUCUCUGUAUCUCUCUUUCGCAAUCUAUCUAUGUCUCUAUUUUUCUUUCUUUCUCUCACUGUGUCUCUUUCUCUGUCUCUUUCUCUCUCUCGUUUUCUCCCACGCUCUCUGUCUCUCUCUCUCUCUCUCUCUGUCUCAGUCUCUCUCUCCCCUCUCUCUCCACCCAUGAUUUGGAGAUUUUAUCAUUACAUGCUGAACAAAAGAAGAGCAGGUUGUUAUAUUUCUCAGAAUGAUUAAUAAAAUAAUAAUUGUAACCUUUGAUUAUAUCACACAUCGCUAUAAUCUAGAAUAGUAUGAAAGUUUCAUUGAAAUAGGAAAUGACAUUUCCUAUUCAUCAACUUUGAAAUUUGACGUCAUUUAAUUUUCUUUAGGACUCUAAUGAAGUGAAAAAACUGACCAAUGAAACAGUUCAAUUUGACCAAUGUAAAAUUCUUGAAUACCUUCUUGACAAUGGACAUACACAGCUAGAAAACAUCAAACCCGACGACGUUACAGAAAUGCCUGGUUCUCUGCAGCAUGGUAAUUCUUUUGUUAAAUUAUAAUUGAGCUGGUUAGAAAACUAUAUGUAAAAAUGUAAUCAGAACAGUUGUUGCAAAGUGAAAUUUGGACCUUAACAAAAAUGGUACAAAAGCUAUUCAACACAUGGGAGUGAAAAGUUCUUAAAAUAUACGGACCACCAAUGGAUGGAUAUGGAUGAAAAACACGAAACAAUCUUUAACUGUCAAGUCUAUAUCAGGGUGGCACACGUGUAGCAGAAAUCAAAAUGGGAAGGCAACGCUGGACAGGACACUUACACCGAAUGCCAAAUGAGGAGUGAACAGGACGCACCACCGAAUCUAAGAGGAAAAUCUGGUCUCAGAUGGAUGAAUGAUAUGUAAAGGGGUCUACCGCAGAUGAGAAUCCAAGUAUGGAAAAGUAAAGCAUCUGUUAGGUCUCAGAAGAAGGAUUUAUUGAGGCAGGCGAAAGCCCUGCACUGGAUAAUGUGAUACAAGCAGUGUCGAAACUGUAGUGGGUGCCACCUAGUGCGGUACACUUACGGUGUCAUCACCUCCCAUCGACUUCACAAUGGAGUUAUUCUUUGUUUACUAAGUACACUGUAUAACAAUGACAAGAACAAAAAAAACCCAAGUCAUUGAUGUUCAGGAGGAAAAUUUAUUUAUAUACGGUAACAUGUUCUUAGAAUCACCCGUUUUUAUCAAUGAAAAGGUUUAUUUCUCAGAAUUUAGAUAAAUAAAGUUUCCUGUCACUAAAGAAAGUUAACGAACACUUCAAUCGGCGUUUAAUCAUGGUGAAAACGGUGUUUUUCUGACCGAAUUAUAGGGUCACCUCAUUUCUGACCCAUCAACCUUGAAGCUUUAAUGAAACACGCAUUUGCAUUGGUUACAUGUUUGGAAAAUGUACGUAACAUCAUUUAUCCUGUUAGGAAAUUUGGCUAGACCAAACCGUGGGUUCUCUUUAAAUACGCAAUUUUUCAGUUUGGUGUAACCCCUUAAAAUUGGGGUCAUCCUGUGCGGUCCAUAUCUCCCAUACCCCUAACCACAGCAAAUGGUAUCAAGCUGGAUAACUUUUAGUUAGGGCUCGAGUAUAAUGUGAGAUUAUGUAAUAUAGAAUAACUGAUGAAAGAUACAAAUUCAGCCAUUUUACUCUGUAUUCAGGUCUAGAUAUUCACUUGGAAACUAACACCACAAGCACAACCGUCAGGACAUAAAUAUAUAUAUAUAUAUAUAUAUAUAUAAAGUAGCUAAAGCAAGCUUUUUUCGGUAUUUGUAUAGAGAUUACUAGCUAAUGACAACUAAAGGAACGUUUCGAUUAAAUUUUUAAAUCGAUAACUCCUAAUAAAAAAACACAUUCCAAGAGAGCUUGAAAAAUAUGUAUUUUUUUUAAAUAUUUUUUUUCAAAUUUUCAAAGAAAAAGUUUACAUUAUUUAUUUCUUUACUGUCUAACAAGUUUAAAAUUCUAUUCUUAAAAAGUACUGAUAUAUCAUUUUCUUAAUUUUUUCAGGUGCGUCUCCACAAACGGAUAGCAAAGAUAAAAAUUCAAAGGUACUUUUUUAAAAUUCUCUGAAGAAUUAAAUUAUUAUUUUCUUGAAAAGCCUAAACUCUUUUGUAGUUUUUACAUUUGUUUAUGUAGAGAAAGCCUAACUCAUUAAAAAUGAAUACCAACUCUUUUAAAACGGGCAGCUAACGUCCUAUCUGUGUUUUAACCAAUGCAAUACAAUGUUUUGUUACCGAUAUGGUUGUAAUUCAGUUCAGCGAUAACGGGCGAAAGACAAAGAAAGCGGUACCUUUAAAAAACGAAGGUACAUUUAUUUGAACAUUUUAUUUCAUUUUAGUUCUAUUGUUUUAAAUUGUGUAAAUCGACUUUAAGAUAUGCUACUUGAUUUUUCAAAUAUGUUAUACUUCUAGGUUUGCAUGAAUUAGAGCAGUGUACCUUUAUUCACACUUCUGUUGUAUUCUUCAGCCAUAUUAAUUAGAAUAAAUAAUGGUGAACUGUUAGGUUAGAAUAAAAGCAGAUGCACAUCAGUGCCGAAUGAAGCCACUCGCACUAUACAUGUUUCACCCAGAUCAUAGUCACAAGACAUGAUUAGAAACAUGACUGUAUAGCCCUCCAUUUCUUGGGGUUGUAUUUGUAGCAAGAAUGUGAAAAGUGUAAUGAGCGUACUGAUUAAUUUGGAGACCAUUUAAACAUAAAUGAACAACUUCGCUAAACUCUUAACUACAAUUAUUUAAAAUGAUCUGCUGUAAAAAAAAAAAAAAAUAAAAAAAAGUCAUUUUUUCAUAACUCUUGUAAACUAUGAAUUUGGGGCACCUCCAUCAUUCAAUUGAUUACCAAGCUGUGUAAAGUCAAAGAGCUUGGUUUAAAGAUUUUUAAUUGUACCUAAUUAUAAAUCAGCAUUUACAUAUUAAUCAAUAUCGGUUGAUGUUUUAGGAUUUUCUUCUGUCUUGCACAGGUUUUCAUUGUUUACUACAUAGUUAUUCUCUGACGUGAACAAACACAAAAAUCUGGCCAUAUACUUAUUGAGUGGGGGCAUUUAAGAAGGCUAGAAUGAAAGUAAUACAUGUAUAUCAUUUUUUUGAAAAAGUGAAAUCUACUAAGCACGGAAAUAGUUACAUGUGUAACACAUUUUGCGAUUGAGACAGUGAAAUAUGAUGACACGGUACGUUUGAGUUUUUCAAGUCAAAUUUUUUUUUUUUUUACACGUUCACUUAAUCUCCUUGAAACUGAGACAACGUUAUCCAAUAGAUGUAUGCUCUGAUCCUACAAUAAUUCAAAUUCAUAUACCUUGUAGAGUCUUACAAAUUUUCAAAUAUAGCAAAUGUGUAGUGUAUUCUUUCAUACAACAUAUUCUAACCAGCAAUGUAAUAGAUCAUGCUACAUGGAAUAUAGAAAAGACAAAGAAAAUGAAUAAGUUACUUUAAAAAGUAUCUCAACAUAGAUUUUUAUAAACGACUUGAUCUUUUUGUAAGACCUAAUGUUUCAACAUUGGCGAAAUCAUAUUUGUAUUUACAAUUCUAAUAUAGUUUGUAUUAAACACAGAUUAAAUAGAGUUAUAAAGAAAGAACGUAAUAUCGCUCAAACUAAACUACCUUCGCUUGAAGAAGAACUAUUUCAGGUAAUAUGUAUUUUUAAAGCUUAAAAAAAAAACUUUAAAAAAACUCGAAAGAUACAUUCAACCCUCCACAUUACAGGUACCUCAUAGUUAACCACGAUUAUGACGAAUUCUUUCCAUCAAAUUUUGAACCGAAAGAUACAAAGAUUCAUGUGUACCCCAAUCUAUCAGAAUUUACCCGUGUACUUAGCCUACGUGGAAGUUAAACUAAAUCUUUAUAAUCACUUUUAAAGUCAUUGUAACUAUGUUGUGAAGUUCCUAGGUAUUUGACGAUUGACCGAUUUGGCGCUAGAUAAAACCUUAAAUGGUCUUGUGUUUAAAUUGUAGUAGUUAAAUAUAUUUGUCUUUGUAAGAUAUUGACAAUGUAAUCAAAACACAUUUCCAUUCAUUUUUAACAAUGGAAAACAAAGUAUCUGAUUUUAUCGUAUGACAACACAAAUCGUGUUUUUAUAUGUAAAAGAAACAAACUUUAUUCAUUUUUGAAAAAAAAAAUUAAAACAUUUGUUUUUUUUGUAUCAAGUUUGUAGUGUUCAAAAAUAAUCUAUUGGAAAUAUAAUUACUUAAGAAAUUUGAUUUAUUUGCUUUUUCCUAAUCUGUUUUUUUUUUCGGGUUGAUUAUUAAAAGACAUCCUCGCGUGCCUUUUUUUGUUUUGUUGCUCUAUAUUGAUUAAAUGACGUGUUCGUCGAUUGCAAUAUCCACUGUCCUAAAUAGUAUCAUGUUUUUUUGUUGUUGCUGUUUUUUUUGUGGUAAUUUAAAUUAUUCCUAUACUUGCUAUAUGAUUCCCCCCCACCCCUCCCCAGAAAAAAUCUUCUUUUUGGACAGAAAUUAAAAACAUUCUACGAAUAAAUUCAGCUGUACAAGAGAAACACCCAUCAGGCGAUUCAGGUAACACAAUCAAAGUUUAUUUUUUUUAAUUUAAAUAAAACAAUAAUGUAACAAAAACAUAAUCAAAUACGUAUAUUAAAUUCAAACUAAAAAUAAUGAGACUGUAUAAAAUUAAAAUGCAGUUUAAUUAACUGCUGAUGUCGUUGGCACAAUGAAAACUUUCAGGCAAAUCAACUACAUCUCUCCCCCCCCCCCCACCACCAAAAAAAAACAAACAUUUUUUUAAAAAAGAAGUAGAGCUAAGGAAGAAAUAUUCCUAGUAGCGAUAUAUUUUGACGUUCCGAAUAUUUAAAAUAAAUGUGCUCACUGCAUUUUAAUAUAAUUAUUGAAAAUCUCAUUGGAAAAAAAAUAUAUAUACAUGCGGGCAAAUGAUUAAUUAAAAUCACAAUUCUGAAAGGUAUGACGGGCCCCAUGUACAUACUUCAUCACAAUGACACCUCUUGCGAAGAUAUCGCCCCCAGUAACGAUGCAUAUUCUUACACCUAUACUAUUUUGAAAUAGUUCUUGCUCGAUGUCAAAGAUUGGAAAUAUGUUACACAUUUAAAUGUGCAUGUCAAAGUGUAUUAUUUUUUUUACUAGAUAUAGCCCGCCAAACAUUGGCGACAGCAUUUGCGUGAACUUCCCAUUUACAAAAAAGUUACUUGACGAAACAUUACCUCAAGUAAAUCACAUUUAAGAAUCUCAAUUUUCGCUACACUCCUUUCCACAUGCUACGUCACUGCACACUUUUCGUUUCACGACCAUGAACAAUAUUAAAUAAUCUGAUGUCCCAAACACUUUUAAACCGAAUAGAAUACUUUUUAGAUCAAACUUAAAUUUUUUAAGGAUUUCAUUUUCCAAAAAGAAAAUAUUACACACCAAACGCAGCUGCGUUAUUUAAAAAAAAAAAAAAUCAUUUAGCGUAGUAAUCGGGAAUUGCAUUUUGCGCGCCAGUGAAUUCAAUAUUGACCAUUCUAUCUUCCAAACAUAUAGAUUAAUUGUAGUACACUCUCAAUACCAAAUAAGCUGAAUAGGAAGCAUCAAGUUUGUUAAGAAGCUGCCAUAAAUGGCAGCAGUCCACACAUCACGCCAGAAGUGUGAUAAUAUAUAUUAUAAGAGAUCAGAGUGAAGAAAGCUCAGUUUAAAUCAAACAACCCCUAAAAACAAUGUUUUUCGCAUUAAAUCCUUCAUACAAUUUUAUAUUGAGCAAUGAGGGAUGGGGCUGAAUUAUUGACUAAUCAUUCAUACAAGUAAUUCAAUUUAUAAGAAUCCCACAUAGUGCAACUGUCCUCCCCCCCCCCCCCAGUCUAAAGCCACACUUUUUUUUUCAUGCCCCUGAACUAUAUUAAUAUUCUAAUGACCCACCCGAAUUUGGAAAGCAGAUUUCUUUCACGAACAAUUUCAGAAUGUCUAUUAACGUGUCACUGUGUUGUUUGUUUAUUUAAUUUUUUUUUUAAGCUGACGAUUUAUUCAAGAAAGCAAUUAAAACAAAGCGACUGGAAUUGUCAAAAUUACUUUGGCUAAAAGUCGAGGUACGUAAACAAUCAUAAAAAUUGUAACAUGUCUCUAUGUUCUGGUGUCCUUGUUGAUGCUCCUGUGAUUACUUGUCAGAAUGAUCAUGACCUGAGCGGAUAUCUCAGAGGUUAAAUACUUAUCUCACAACUGUUUUUUGUAAUAACAUAAAGUCCAUGACUUCACAUGUCAAAUGUUUUUGUUAUAAUAUACAUUUAUUUCCUUGAAUAAGAUUCACAUUUGGAAGGAUGAUUCAAAACAUUCCAUAUACAUCCAUAACUCUUUAGAAAAUAAGAUGUCACGUCAAUCAUACAUUCUAUCUUUCUUUAGUCGCGAGACAAGGUGCUCAUAUUGCUUUUCCAUCCAAUACAAAAUGGAUGUGUACUUUGAUUAUAAUGUGAAUAUGAUUUAAUAAAAAUAAAUCUAAAACCUUGAUAUAUGUAUAAUAAAUAUAAAUUCGGUAUCCUAACAUCUUUGCGAGAGGAUGGUUGAGCUUUGUACACUUCAUUAAGCGUCUUAAUAAGCCGAUCCUGGAAUGACGGUCCCCACUGCAUUUCUCGCAGGACCUUAACUCCUGGUUAGAUCUUAACUUCCCCAUUGCUCUCUUUGUUGCAAGGGCUUCACGUCGCACAGCUUCUGUCUUUUUUUACUCUUCCUACACUGCUGUAUAUAUAUAUAUAUAUAUAUAUAUAUANAUAUAUAAAUAUAUAUAUAUAUAAAUACAUAAUUAUCCAUGAAACAGUUUCACUAGCAACCAGAUGACGCUGAUAUCACUGAACAAAAUACCCGUUAAGCAGAUUCUUCAAAAUAGGUGCUAAACGUUUAGAUACAGAUGCCGUCAAUUAAAUUAAUACACUAUUUUCUGGAUGAGUUGACUGUCGUGUUUCUUUACAGCAUCCCACAGGUGCCGCAUUAUACGCCUAUGGGAAACUUGAUAAAAUGGAAAGAAGACAACGAGAGGACUUCAGGAGUUGUAAGGUGAUCAAAGAAAUGAAGAAGUAAGUCAACACACGGUUUCAAUAUUCCAGUAAAAAAAGCAUCAAUUCGUACUUUUUUUUUUAUAAAGUUUGGAUUAAAAUGUAGUGAUAUUUGAAUAUAUUGCACAGAGUCUUCUUGGAGUACGCUAUUGCAACCAUCAACCUCAACUACAGCAGAGACGCUGAGAAAACGCGAUCGAUACUUUUGAUGAAUAUGGAGUCGUGGGGGAAUACCAGCUGCGUGAAGCUGGCCAUGAAAACGGACAAUGGAAAGUUUCUAUCACAACCGCCAUGUUCCGAGUUGCGUAAAUCCUUGUUUAAGUCCAGGAUGAAGUUUAACAGUAAAGAAGACACUGACCAGAACAAGAAUGAGAUAAACCACCCAUCACCAAAAGUCCUGAUGUUUUUGAACCUGGUAGGAAAGCAUGGUUUAUAAUUAUACAAAAUAGACUUGAAAGCAUGUUUUAAUUCCUUUCUUUUAUUUGACAACUUGAAAUAAUUGUCAUGUUUAAUUAAGAAGAAAUAAACCGUCUAACAAUAUCUUGGUGGACAAAUUUUGAAACACCCUAUUAUACAGAACACACCUAGUUUUCCAUAUUUCUUUUCACCCAGAAACAUAUCAGUACCAUAUUGACAGUUUUAAAUGUGAUAUUUAUGCUUUUAAACAUUGAUCUGCAAAGGAUACCGUAUUCAAAUGUUUUCUUUUGUAAUUAAACAAGGAUUCCAUGCAACAAAUUUGAAAUAGUAAUCUUGGUGAAAAUCGUAAUAACUGUGAAGCUUUUUCUUAAAGUCUGUAGAACUACACAAAAAAGUAUAUUUUUAUUAAAAGAGAAAAGAAGUAAAAAGUAAAAGUUAUAUAAUGUGUCAGUAGUUUGAGUAAAUUAAAUGGAAAGUCUAAUAAUUUUUACAUUUUAAAUCAGAUCGGGGUUGCUGCUUUCCUGAUCGCCUACGCAGUUCUCCUCGUUUCAUUCCUAAAGACGGAGAGUUUUCACAUUCUGGAAUGGAUUAUCCUGGCAUGUGUGAUAACUUUCCUCUUGGAGUUAAUCAAUCAGGUAUUUCAGUGGCGUGUCCUCGUGGAAAGACAAUGUUCAACAAUGUUGAGCUGAAUGCAUUUUAACGUCAUCAAGUUUAUUCAAGAUCAAUUUUUCGUUUACUUCGCCCAUUGUCAACAUUCAUUGAUAACAGAAAAUAAAUUCAAACCUAUCGCAGGUUGAGUUAUAUGAAUACAACACAGGAUUUGCUCGUUACUUUUAAAAGCAAUAUUUUAAAAUCACGGCACGCCUCUUAUAUUUGCAGCUGGCUCGCAAUUCCUUCUCUCACUUACGACCAGGGUUCCUUGUGCUAUCGAUAAUCUCUCAGAUUCUGUUCUUGGUGGCUUGGAUUUUGAGGAUAGCCGCAUAUUUUGAACCUGGCAAUCCCGAGUUUAUGAUUUGGGCUCGAAUAAUCUUCAGUUUGGACUUCAUCGUCUUCUCUCUAACUGUUCUCGAGUUUUGCUACAUGUCCAGAUUCUUAGGACCCUUGAUUGAGACGUUGUGGCAAAUGGUAAGGCUGAGUACGUUUAUAGCUGUAUCAAAUUAAAUGCUUUGGUUAUCAAAUAAAUUAAUUGAACUUUAAAAAAAAAAAAAAAAAAGUAAAUAUCGCAUUAUCCGAUAUAAUAUAAUACAUGUCCAGAUUCUUAGGACCCUUGAUUGAGACGUUGUGGCAAAUGGUAAGGCUGAGUACGUUUAUAGCUUUAUCAAAUUAAAUGCUUUGGUUAUCAAAUAAAUUAAUUGAACUUUAAAAAAAAAAAAAAAAAGUAAAUAUCGCAUUAUCCGAUAUAAUAUAUAACAUUUUAUUUGACAUAACGAAACAAACCAACAAACAUAUUUUUUAAAAAGUCUGUGGCAUUUAACAAAAAAAUAAAUAAUCUUUAACAUAUCUUUGUGUAAUCAAAGUAAAUUGAUUUCAUUCAUAUGAACAUUUGCAUGAGUCUAAUUUCAUGAGUGUUUCUCUGAUUUCUUCAGAUAAGUAUCUUUAUCAGGUUUUGCGCUAUUAUUUUGGUCCUGUUCUUCGCGUAUGCCAUCGCCUCGGAAUCUGUACUCAACCCGAUCACAGAACCUGAGUCGAGGGUACCGUUUUACCUAUUCCGGAAGGCGUUCUGGGGCAUGUUUGCAGAUUUCAUGUUAGAGGAACUAGAAACGGAUGGUUGGUGUUAUACAGCUGUAUACAUAUUUUAAUACAUUUUUUUUAAAAAAUUCGUUUUGUAAUUUAAAAUUAGUGUAUUUUGAAACUGAAAUGAUUACACAUUAAUCACUGAUUACAAUGUUAAUGCGCUCAGAGUAUUUCUAAAAAAGUCAAAACAAUAUCUAAUUAAACAGCUAUUUUAUUUCAUCAUAUGUUUAUGUCUUUAUAUAUGUAUAUAUGAUCUGAUACAAUUUUAAGGAGUCGCUUAAAUAAUUUAGAAUUUAGAUUGAUGACAGGUGGAAAUUUUGGAUAGAGCUUUUUUUUAAAUGACAAUCACAUACAUUGACAAUUAUUCAAAUCCAUAGAAAAUUCUGAAGAAAAAAAAGAAAGAUAACUACAAAAAUUGUUUCAAAAUGCGUCAGAAUAAAAUCAGUCCUAUUUGUUUGAUCAUUAGACAUGGUUAUUCUUAAUUGUUAAUGCCUUGUUUUUACAUGACAGCCACCAACACAAAUACCAAGUGCUCCGACAACCCCAGUGAUUACAACUCAUACGAAACCUUGAGGUGUCCAUCCUACAGCGGCCGAUACUACGUGUCCAUUCUGCUGGGAGUCUAUUUUAUAGCCGUGAAUUUGUUCAUUUUCAACGUGCUGAUUGCAAAAUUCAGGCAAGCUUAUAAGUUUACACACCAUUAAAUUAUUUUCUCUUUUUGUGAACUGGUUAAAUUCACAUGUUGGAAAUGUCAUGAUCUAAGCAUUUAAUAUGUAAUGAUUGUUAUACUAUAAAUGAAUUGUGAAAUUCACCUGCAUAUAAUAUGUUCUCCACUCAACACAAACCGAGUUUUUCAAGUUAAAAAUGGUGCCAUCAGUAGUUUUUUUUAAAGAAAGCUUCAUGGUAUAUUAAUUUCAAGAUUUCAAUAUUUAAUUUAAUCUUCAUAGGAUUAUUUGUAAAAAUAUUGCAGAAAAAACUAUAACCUUAUAAUACAUAAAAAAAAUUCAGUUUAAUUCUCCAACGCAUAUCUUUUUGCUUGACGUCUUUAUGAUUUAAAGUGAUUAGAGAUGGCCUGGCGCCUAAGACGCGGUGAAUUUGCUCAAAUGUGUGAACCUUGGACGGUCCUCUGAUUUUGCGCGUCUUAGUUGAAUGAGCGCACAAUAAUACACGGUGUACACUUGGAGGCCCUACCGUGCACACGGCAAUUGUAGCGAUUGAUCUGAUCAUCUAAAAAGCCUGCACGAUAAGCGACUUUUGUGUGAUGGUUUUACCACCAGGCUUAGAGGGGCUAUUGCGUUCGGGCAGCACAGUCCAUGGUACAUAGCGUGUUGGUUGUUGUUUUUUCAAUGCAGAUUUUUCCUUUAUGCUAUACAAAACAGGGAGAAGAACUUCCUGGCUUGUCAUUAGACGCUACUUUAAGCCGAAUGUGAGACAGUUCUGUGGCGGUUUUCAAAAAGAGCAUUGAAGUCGUUACACACCAUAGAUGAGGGACACUGUUAUUAUAGAUGACACUCAUAAGCUAACUUCAUAUCGUUUUAGCUCCAAGAUUAAACAAAUGGAGGAGCGAGCCACGGAGGUAUGGGCGCUGCAAAUCAUGACAACUACGAUGAAGUACUAUUAUCUCGUUUUCCCACCAAUCCCUUUUAUAUUCCUCACCCCAAUAUUGGUUUGGAUUCAGUUUCAAAGACGUGGGGCUGUCAAAUUGGGUAGGAGACUUUUUUUUUCGUAGCCUUAGACAAAUAUUGUUCUAAUAGCAUAUUAGGCCGUUUUUUUUAAAUGAAUUUUUAUAUUAUGUAAAAUGUAUUUACGAUGCUCGGGCGUGGGUAAUGCAGUAGAUGUUAGCUGAUGUAUAAAUUGUUAAAAUUUUGACAAUGGCUUGUUUGUCUCAUCAAUUACACUCUUUACAUUUUUUUUUUUAAAUUCCUUAAAAAUCUCUAUUUUUACUUUUACUUUCCCCAAAAACCUAAACAAAACUGUAGACGGCCAAAUAAAGCAAUAUACACCACAUCAACACCCAAUUCUCAAUUUUGAGGAACAAUAGUGGAUGUUCAUCUCCACAAAUAGCCACAUGUUUAUAAGAAAAAAAUAUUUUCUUUAUCUUAUUAACAUAUGGGUCAAGUCAGGGAAGAACGAAGCAAGCACGAACAUAUUACACUGUCCAACAUGCAGGAUGACGUCAGAAAAUCUUAUAUUGACUCUUUGGAGGAAAAGCCCGAGUAAGUCUACAAAGUAUUUUUUGCUUAAUAUAUUUUGUGAAGAUCAAUGACACAUUUUGUUUUAAAUUUUAAAUAAAAAGGGUAUAUCCCCGAAUGUUUCAACAAUUAAGUUGAUGUAUCCUUCAAUGAAAGAAAAGAUGUAGCAUAAACGUGUUGUAAUAUAACGAUGCAAAUAUUUUAUUACAUCAUUAAAAUCGUGCUUGUUACUCCAUCAGAUCAGUUUUGCAAUCAACUAAUAGUUCAUAUCAUUUUAAAAAAAGAAGAACUGGUCAAAGCUUUUAAUGUACUUUCCUGUCGAUUCAUUUCUUCUGUUUAGCUUGCUCUUGGUUCAAUGUACAGUUCAUUGUCCACACCAAGGUAAACAACAGAAAUAGGUUUUUCAUUAUUGUAUAGAGUAGAUGAUUGUUUUUUUAAGCCACGUCAUCAACAUUGACUUAUCUUAUUUUCUUCGGUAAAGUCUUGAUUUAUAUUUACACAGUUAAACUACAUUAAAUUAAAAUUGUGUCUAGAUGCCAUUUUAAUAUUGGUUUCACUGACUUUGAUGUAUACAUUUACUUUAUCUAUAAAAAAAAAUAUAAAAUAAAAUGAAUGAACAGAAGGCCAGAAUAUAAUACAUGAGAGAGUUGUCACCUUACCGACCAAGAGUGAAAGACUGACAGAAGAAGCUGCCGUUGCUGUGUUGGCAACGCCUAGAAACGGUAGGUAAUUGCAUUUCCUUAUUUUAACAAUAUAGUUUUAAUAUAUAUUUUUUUAUACAAACGGAUCAGAUUUAAUAUAAAUGCUUUCCCUUUCAUCUAUUGUUUUAUAGCGGCUUAAAAAUGUUUCUAAGUACUAAAAGUGUUAAACGACAACGUCUAUUUCCUACAACUUUUAAGAGCUUGAAGAUUUAAAUUUAAAAAAAAAACAGAUAACAUUUACAAUUGAAUUUUUUAGGAGUGUUGGACAACGAUUCUAUAACCAGUCGUAGCAAUGGGAAAGAAGACACAAGAAAGCGAUACUUUGCUGUGUAUGUACAUUGUUGUUAUUUUGUGUUGUUGUCUUUUUAUGUUGCAAUUUGAAAAAAAAAUAAUUAUAAAAAAUCCUUUUAAAAGCCAUUAAAAAUGUACUGUUUAUUCUAUAAAUAAGAUUGAGUUUGCUUUUUUUUUUUUUCACCUCAUUAACCAGGCGCUCCAAGUAUAAGUAUGGAAUACGAUGGCAGUGUGUUGCUGUUAAGCCACGAGUGGAAAGAGCAGGUUCGUUGGUGAUUAGCUAUAGAAUAAUGAGCAAUAUCAUCAAUGUCAUCAAGCUGUUGCUUCUUUUCUGGUUGCUUUUUGUAAAGUUUAGAACAAAAAUUAAACGCAAUAAUUUUUUCUAAAAAAAUCACUUUUGCAAAUAUUAUUCUAAUCUCCUAUUAAUUUUUUAAAAAAAUAAUUAUUAUCAACAAAAACUUCAGUAAAAAUUGUAUAAUCAUGUUUAGUAGCAAAGUAGUUGUUCUUAUUUUCGUUCAAUGAAAGAUUGUGAUCUUUUCUUUUGUAAUUUACUACUUAAGCCUUACUUUUAAAUCAGUUCAUGUAAUAAUAAUAAUUAAUUGUAAUAACCUUACCAGUAUCUGUUCAAGAGAGUGAUUUUGAUGUCAACGUUGGGUAUUCACUGAACUAGCCAAGAGGUUCUAACGGUAAAUAAUUAAUAUCCUAUUGACAAGACAAUUAUCUUUUCAAUGAAUACAAAUUAAGACUUACAUAAAAUGAGAUUAUGUGCAGAUAAAUUUUUUCAUAGAAAAGUUAUUUUAAAUUCUCAAAUCAAAACUUGUGAAAGAAGUCCCCUUGUUCCUACGUAGAAACUCUUAAAUUUGAAACAAAGAACAUUAAUUCUUUUUGUUAUUUCCACAGAUUGGCAGGAGUGAAAUUUGUUUGGUUUUAUUAGAGAAAUUCUCUAUUAAAUAGAAUAUCUUAAGCAGAAUUUUUAUUUUAGCAAUACACUUUUUGUAAAAGUUUUAGAUUGAUACCUAAUAAAAUUUAAAUAGAAAUUUUAAUCAACCAAUCACCCAUAAUUAAAUAAUCUAAUUAUUAUAUCGUGUAUGUUAUUUCCACCACACAAUUAUCUGAAUAUUUUGUAAUGCAUUUUUCUUUGUAUAUUUUAACGUUACUUAACGUACUUCUUGUAAACAAAUAGGAAUAUUGUUUUUUAAGAAGUCUCUCGAACUUCUAAUGGAAGAAAAACGUUAGAGAGACGAAAUAGAUUAAGUGAUGCGCCUAUAUUUACUCGUUUCAAUCGAUGUGCAUCAUGUAAAAUUUUAUUUCAAGUAGGUUAAAUAGUACUUUUUGAGUAUCUGCACUAAAUUUAUAUGAAAACAUAUUUGUACAUUUGGCUCAUAUAAUUUUGAAGGAUUCGCUCUCCAUUUGAUAUCAUCAUUUUAAAAAAAAACAACUUAACUUGACAUGUGUACAUGGACCAUGAUAAAGAUGUUCCAUUACUUGUACUGGUAUUACAAUGAGUUUCAAGAAUGUAUUAAUAUCAAUUGAUCUUCUGGAAAGAUAAUUUGUGUUUCAGCAUGGUUUUAUUGAAAUCAAAAUAGCUAUGCACAUUUAUCACACAUAUUUUCUUUUAGAACACUUUGUUCAUUAUACAAGAAAACAUAUUUGGUUAUAGUUAAGACAAAAAAAGUUAAACUUUCCGGUGCACCUAAUUAUAAUAAUAACAAAAUCCAUGUAUUUACAACUCUGAGGACAUGUUUAAAUUUGUUUUAAAUUUACAUGUUCUGCACAAGGACGAGAUAAAAAAAUUAUAAUUGCGUACACUUUAAAAUAAUUUUCAUUAUUAACGUUUUUUACAUUUGUCUUUUUUUUUUAAAAUAUUUGUUCAUUAAAAUGUGAAGAAAAAAAAUCAUUGAAUGGAAUUAUCAGAACCUGUUAAAUUUUAAACAAAAAUAUUAUUCUACUUUCAAAAAGUGAUAUUUUUAGCCAGCUUGCUUGUUUUAUAGAAAGUGAAUAGAGCAGGCGACUUCCCCUUGUCAAUCAUUAAUGAUUAUAUUUGUUUAAUUUUUUUUAUAUCAACUAUUAAAUAUCAACAAAAAUACUUCUAGAUAAUAAUAUAUGAAAUCAUAGUCUAAAAAAUUAUCUAUUUAAUAGUUUAAAUGGACAGCUUUAGCCUUUAGCAUUGAAAUGUCAAGAUGGCGACUUAACAUAUGUUCUAUUAUUCAGCUACUACCUUUAAGCUACACAAAAAUAAAGUAACAAAAAGCUUUAAAGUAACAUGGUAGAAUUGAAAAAAAAAAACCUUGGUGGCAAAUGUGGGAGGUAAGAUUUGGAUCUUAUUUUUAACAAUCCAGAAGUCAUUAAAAUUACCGGAACUUUUUUUGUCCCUAGUAAGGGUGUUCCAUAAAAAAUAGAUUACAGUUUUGUAACAUUUAAGAGGUCUUCUGUCACUGUUAAGGAAGUAUAUUAUAGAUAUUCACUGCCAUUCUUUUUCAUGUUUUCUAAAAAAAAUUGGACUUUGUGUUUAAAAA